AUGCACUUUCUUGCAUUGGUGUUAUUUUUCACUCUCUUUGCUCAAACCCAAGCUGAUUGUGACAUUGGACAAGACUUGGGAAUACUUCUGUGCUACGAUAGUUUCUUUCAAGCUAUGGGUCUGCCUGCAAUUGAAGACGCUGACUUUUUCCCACCAUUUCUACUCGCCGAUGCAGCUCGGCGGGAGCUUUUGCGAAAAGGACCCGAUUAUUUGCCCAAAGUUUGCAGUGCCGCUACUGAUCUCUAUGAGUGUAUUGAUGGAGCCGUGCAACAAGACUGUAUUGAGGUGUUUUUAGUCGAAAUGCUCAACGGAUUUGUUCAAUGGUAUGCUUAUUGGAGGAGAUGUUUGUCCUACUUU